ACUUAACUGAAGAACUUCGGUGAGUGAAGGCUGCAUAUGCAAAACAGUCCCAACAAGUUUCAAAGCCAGGUAUGGGCGACGCAAGGUGAUGUUGUGCUGCUCUGUGGUAUCUAUUUUGUCGGGGCUCGUAGCCGCCUUAUCUCCCCUCGUGGAAGUGUACAUCUUUCUCAUGGUGGUCACACUGACAGGAGUAACAGGCCUCUAUAUAUCUAGCUUCACUCUCCUGAUGGAAACGUGCGGACGCAAGGAGAGAUCGAGCAUAGGUGUUCUUUUUGUGAUCCCGUGGUCGCUGGGGUACAUGAUAGUGCCGGGCAUUGCCUACCUGAUCAGACCCUGGAAAUGGCUGCUUGUCGCCCUCUCUCUCCCGUCACUUCCGCUGUUACUUAAUUUCUGGCUUCUGCCGGAGUCACCCCGUUGGCUCAUCCUGCAAGGAAAACACAAGGAAGCGCUCAAGGUCCUUAAGUCUGCUGCCAUGGUCAAUGGCAAGACGCUACCAUCAGAAGAAAGGCUACUGGCCACCAUGCAACUGUUGCAGACCAAAGUAUCCGCUGAGGGGAAGGCAUCAGUGCCGAAGGAGAGUGUGGCAAAAAGCAAGCGCAGGCCUGCAGCGGACCGCGUGGUGGAAGUGGUGAAGGAAUACUUGGUUAUAGUGAUGCGCGGACCCUUACCUCUACAUCUUCCUGGGAGGUCUGCUAGAGCUGCCCUCUUAUCUCCUGCUGUGGCCUCUCACAGCUUGCCUAGGACGAGUCAAGGCCCUACUGCUGUUGUAUCUGCUGUGUGCCAUCGCCAUCCUCAUACUCGCGCUUUUAAUGUUCUUCUACCCUACUGCUCCUAUCGGGAUACUGAUGCUCUUCUCAUUAAGCGGGAAGGUGGCCAUCACGAUGGGUUUCCACUUGCUUUGGGUGUUCACAGUGGAGCUGUUUCCCACCAAUUACCGCUCCCUCGCUACCUCACAGGCCAGCCUCUGCGCCAGGAUAGGAGGCGUCUUCUCUCCCUACAUCAUUGACUUAGUGGGAGAAGUAAUAGUGUGGGCGCCGUCCGCUGUGUUCUGCGCCUUGUCCCUGCUUGCCGCCGGCCUCACCAUCUUUCUCCCUGAAACAAGAGGACACAAUCUGUUGGAUGUAAAUACUUUUCACAGCACUCAGACAGUAAAGACCUCUCAGCGUAUUCAUAUCAGACAUUAAGUGCUGAUUGAAGUUCUAAGAAAAGUCUUGAAGCGUUUAUAUGAAAUACAACUUCAUUACUUCAUAAAAGAAAAACAUUUCAGUGUACUAUCAGACACCACCAACAACAGAGCAUCGUAUGGAUUAAUUAUGAGGAUAACUGAGUGGAGAAUAGGACGUGGCGACUUGUUAAGGUUUGAAUAAGUACAUUGUUUCAGGGAAAGACUGUGACCAAGACUGAAGAUGAACAGAAAAAUAAAUAAAUAAACCUACGUAUAGUUUGCUCCGACGAAACAGCAUGCAGUCUUACUAAAUAAAUAAAUAAAGAAGGCAUUAAGUAAAAUGUGACCAGCCUCCUUAUUGUAACUUAUACACAUGUUUUUAUUUACCAGCGAGAACUCCAUGCUGUGAAAGUGACUAGGGAAUAAACUAAGGUAUACAAAGUUGUGACCUCACCAUCCCGUCCAAA